GCUCUUCUCAGUUUCCUUAGAUACCCCAUGUCACUCCAUCCUCAUCUUUCUUCUCACUAGGAUCACGCUCAUUGUCUCGGUCUGACCCAUCUCUGCCAUCCGUCAUGUCAUCCGCAAUCCCCCAGCGAGACCCUUUCGAAUCUUCUCCGGCUUACCAAGCCCUCGUAGCUCGGGUAACAGCGACCGAAUCUACUUUAGCAUCUCUCUCAACUCAAGUGAACAACCUUGCAUCUAAAGUUCAGUUUCUCAGCGAUAACAAGUCAACUCUGCAAAACGCUUCUCAAGGGCAAGCCAAUCCUCAAGCUCAGCCGAAUAAAGGUCAAGAUCAUAGACCUCCUCCCAACGGACAUACCGGUUACGUGUUCUCGCCAUUCGAUACACCUGAUCAGACACCUUUCUCAUUAGCUCCCCCUGAUAAUUCAAACCAGCAAAAUCCGAGCGCUUCCGGACCUGAUCCGACAGUACAAGCUCUCACUACGCAAAUUCAGGCAUUGUCCACUUCAGUCGCUCAGUUACAACGAUUGCAGCAUGGGCAACAACAGCGUUCGGUACCGUUCGGAGAGAGAGGUGGGGUGGUCUCUGGUGCUGCGCCUAAUCAAGGAUCGUCAGCUGUAAACCUUCCUCAUGGCAUGUUAACCCCCGGAUUCCCACGACCGGGCAUAAACCGUAGUAUCUCCGCCAUGUCAUCCGACGACAAAUGGUCUCCUCAUGGACAACCACCCGUCCAACGUCUUUCCACAGGACCAUUAUCAGCUGGGAAUUACGGGUGGCAGGGUUCCGGAGGGAAUAGUAUGGGUACUCCAGGAUUAAAUUUACCUCCUCCGGGAAUAGGAAUGCCGGUGACGCCUGGAGGAAACAUGUUGAUUACUCGUUGGGACCAGUUGGGACUGAAGGUGGAACUUUUGAGGAGUAUAGCGAAAUAUGGACUCGGACCACCUAAUAAAAUACAAAGUCGCGUUUUGCCAUUCAUGGGCAAACCUCACGACAAAGAUAUCAUCGCUCAAGCUCCACCGACACAAGAGAGAAUGUUGGCUUACGUCGUUCCUGCCAUUCAACUUUGUCUCACUUUGCCUCAACAGUCAUACCGCGGUCCAGCGGUGAUUAUCAUCACGACCACUGUAGAUCAAGCUUCUCAGUGUCAGAAAUUCAUUCGAGGUAUUGGCGGACCUGUCGGUGUUCGUUGCGCCCUAGCCACCGGCAUUGCAGGCAAUCCAAAUCUCCCCAAUGAAAUUGCGGCUAUACAUCACGAAGCUGUGCAGGUAUUGAUUGGUACACCUGUAAAAUUGAAUGAGAUCAUGUCGACGGGCGAGGUAUCCGGGGCAGAAGUCAGGCUAUUCAUCCUCGACGAAGUGGACCAAAUGAUAGCUCGAAACCUUCAUUCCAACAUAUUGUCCAUUGCCAAACAUCUGCCACCACCACGAAGGGCCAGCAACGGUGCUCUCACCCCUGGAGCGGUUGCAGGGACGUUCUCCCCCAACGGCGGUGUCACAAGUCCAUACGAUCCAGGCCAGGCAUCGCCUUUUAACCCUCAAAGCAAGACGCCUUUCCCUGGUCAAGGGAGGUUCGGCGGGAGCAGUGCUGUGGCUUCUGCUCCACCGGCAGGAGGAGCGACAGACAGGCAGACUUGUUUCUUCUCAAACACUAUCCCCACAGACGUCAUCACCUUCUCACAAACACUCGGUAUCCGAGAUCCCAUCCGCGUCAUGGUCCGUAAAGAAGGAAACUCCAACGCGCAAGAAUCAGUCUCGUCAGUCUCACAACGCAUCAACGUUAAACACACGUAUGUUUAUCUGGCCAUCACUGGCUCAGCUCGGUCUGACGGAGCGGCUGAUUCUGGGGGUGUUGGUACGAUCGGAAGUGGUCGUACGGCCAAUGGUGGACAUCCAAGUGAAGAGGCGACAAGGGCAAAGGAGUAUAAAUUGGAUACUUUGGUGAAAAUGUUGGAUGAUUAUCCCCUUUGGCAAGCUGUUAUACAUGUUGGGACUUUUGCCAUGUUGGAAGCUGUUGUGUAUAAGCUAGGCGCGAGACAAUGGGAGACAUUGUAUCUGACUCCCGAUAUGCCUCAAGGACAACGCAAACAAGUUCUCAAUCAAUGGCGUCACUCCAUAUCUCCUUCCGGUCCAAGAUUUCUAGUCGUAUUCGAUGUUAACGUCAAACCACCCGAUAUCCCCUGGGCUCCACUCGUUAUCAACUUCGAUCUUCCCCGGUCAGUAGAGGGAUAUGCUCAUAGAGCCGCUGCGGCUGUUCCACCACCAGUGAGGGGGAAUGGGAAUGGUAAUGGGGCUGGUGGUUCGGUCGGAUGGGGGAAUGGUAGUGGAAGCGGCGGUGCAAGUGGAGGGGUGAACGGUGGUAAUGCAGGGAAUGGGGGGAAUGGACCUCAAGGAGUUAUCGUAAAUUUCGUUCAGGCUGCAGGAGGAGAUGUAGAGAUGCUUCGAUCGACGGAAUGUGCUUAUACUUUCAAGUGUGCAGAGAUACCCAGUGUAUUCCACGAUUUGUUUCAAUAUUAAUUCUCUUUGAUAUUCUCUGUGGACUGUAAAUCUCUCCAACAUAUUCGUCAUCUAUCACCCAAUGGAUCCAAGUUGGAAGAUUGAACUCGCGCAAAUUCCCGAAAAUUACGAAAUGACGAAUCACACCCAUUGUCACACUUCAACGUCCCUGUAAGCCUGUGAGCACGAACCUCAACGAUCAACCGAGAAAGAAUGGGGAAACGAGGAAGUUGAACAAUGUGACCCAAGUGGGAAUUUGGGAAUUUGAGAACAAGAUUUAUAUAUCCAAAAAUCUUUACUGUUCAUCUAUCAUCUACCAGGUAUCUACCUCGUUAUUAUUUUGACAAUGAAAGGAAAGAGAAUCUGUAUCUGUAUCUUUACAUACAUGCAUUUUGUACCUCAUUUGU